AUGGAUAUUAAGGAUAAUAAUAAUAAUAAUAAUAAUAUUAAUAAUAAUGAAGAAAAUAAUAACAAUAAUAAUAAUAUAAAAAACGAUGACGAUGACGAUAAAUUACCAAAGGUUUCAAUAUCAACAUUUAUUAAAAGUAAUAAAAAGAGUAUGGGUUCAUCGCCACCACAAAGUAAUGGAUAUCUUUCGAUUGGGCACAGAAGAUUAAAAGGUAGCACAGAGUUAGAAAAUAGUACACCAAGUUCAAGAGAAACAUCACCACAAUUGGCAUCAACAUCAUUACCAAAUAAUACAGCUUCACCAUUUUCACUAUUUUCAGAGAAUAAAAAAGGUUCAGUUAUUCAACACAUUGUUGAUGUUAAAUGGAGAGAUAAAUAUGGAUUCAUCUGUGACAAUUUUAUACCAGAAUUAAAAAAGUUUGAAGCAUUAGAGGAAGAAACAGGUCAAGAAAAAAUGAACAAAUGGGUUAGUUUUCAUGAACAAUAUAAAAAUGUUGGUUUAUCAUCCAAUCCAAAACAAUUAAGAAAAUUACUCUCAAAUGGUAUACCUCAUGCAAGUAGAGCAUCUCUAUGGAAAGUUUAUUCAGGGUCAUUUGAAAAGCAAAGAAAGGAAGAGUUAUUACUAUUUAAACAACAAAAAGAAGAAAAGAAAUAUAGAUUCGGUACAAUUAGAGGUUUAACACCACCAACAAAUAGAAAAUCUUAUUAUUUACAUUUACAACAUAUCAUUAAAACACAUAAUAGAAUGUCAACUAGAUUUCAGUCAUUACCAGAAAUUGAAAAGGAUAUUUCGAGAACCUUCCCAGGCCAUCCAUUUUUCGAUUCAGAUGAAGGUAAAAGAAAGCUUUCAAGAGUGUUAGAAGCAUAUUCAUUAAGAAAUAGAAAGGUUGGUUACUGCCAAUCAAUGAAUAUAGUUGCAGGGUUCCUUUUAUUUGCAGUAAAUAAAAAUGAAGAGGAUGCUUUUUGGUUAUUGGCCACCAUCGUCGAAGAUUAUUGUCAAAAUUACUACUCUACCAAUUUAAUGGGUUCACAAGCCGAUAUGAAUGUAUUCAGUAUUUUGGUAUCAAAGCAUCUACCCAAACUUUACCAGCAUUUGGACGAUUAUGAUGUAUCCCUUUCAUUAAUAUCAACAAAAUGGUUUAUGUGCUUAUUUGUAAAUGUUUUACCAACCGAAAUAGUAUUUAGAAUUUGGGAUCAUAUAUUUGUAGAAUGUGGUAUCUAUGGUUACCAUAAACCUCCAACCGAAGAGCAGUGGCUCCAAGAAGAUAGAGAUAAAACUUUUAGAUGUUUGGGUUUUGCAAGUUAUAAUCUUUUAAUGACUGGUCUAUCGAUUUUGGCAUACUAUGAAGAGACCUUAUUAAAUACUUAUUCAACCCCUCAUUUAAUUAUGAUUUUAUCGACUCAUAUCAAAGGUCUAUUCAAUGCAAAAGCUUUCUUCAAAAAGUAUAGAGAAUUCCGUAGUAUCAUCGACGAAGAAGAGUUUAUCGAAUUAAAAAAGAAAUGUGAAGUCAACUUCUUAAAAGAAUUAGAGGACAUGAGAAAAGCUCGUGAUCUAUAUCAAACAAUGAAGUUCACUAGAUUCUCAAAAACAGAUUUAGAAAAGAUUUGGUUAGGUUUUAGACAAUUGGAAAUUAGUAGUAGAUACAGUAUGGGUAAAUCAAUGAUUUUGGACUAUAAAAUGUUCCAGAAUGUUUUCCAAUUUAUAUUACCAAAUUCAAUAGGUUCCGGAACUGCUGACGAAUCAAAUACAAGAGAGGUUAUAAUCAAACAACUUUUUAAAGCUUUUGAUAAAAAUAGAGAUGGUACUUUGGAUUUCACUGAAUUAAUGUCAGGGUUAUGUAUUUUAGCUAAAGGAACCUCUGAAGAAAGAUUAAAGUUAUACUUUACAUUCUUUGACUCUAAUAAUACCGGUUAUGUUUCAAAGCCAGAUAUGAAGUUAAUGUUAGAAAAUGUUUACGAUAAAAUAGACAGUGACCCAUUGGCUGUCUCACAAUACUCUAUUGAUGACUAUGUAGAAAUGAUAUUUGCAAACUUCAGUAUCCCAGAGGGUGAAGGUUUAACUUUUGAAAUGUUUAGACAAGCUAUUGCAAAUCAUCCAAGAAUUUUUAGAUGCUUCAUGUUGGAAGAGGAAACUUUUUCAAUUGAAGAUUUCGAAGAUAUUUAUAAUGAUGUAAAAGAAAAGGAAUUAAAUGAUAAUGGUAUUAAUAGUUUAUCAAGUUUACAAAAAAGAAAAGGUACCAAAAGUAGAAUUAAGUUCCAAGAGGUUUUAGCAAGAGAAGAAUUAGAAAAUAGUAAUAAUGCCAAUAAAAUAGAGGAUAAUAUAGAGAGUGAUAAUAAUAAUACUAUAAAUAAUAAUAAUAAUAAUGAUAAUACUUCUAUACCACCAGAGAAUAAUAGUAAUAAUUUAGAAACUAAUAAUAGUACUGUAGAAUUAAAAAAGGAAGAAAACAAUAAUGAACAUCAGACUAGUAGUGAAACCAGUACAACUAUUAAUAAAAGUAGUGAUGAUUCUAUCAAAAUCAAUAAUGGCAGCGAAGGUACAGUUGAAAAAAGCGAUAGUGAAGAUACAAAUACACACUCUAAUAAUACAAAUAAAAUGGUAUCUAUAGGCAAAGUUAAAGAGUUUAGAAAAUCACCAUCAGAACAACCAAAAGCUUCAACAUUUAACUCAUCUACUUUAAUUAGUGCAAUUGAAAAGGCUAAAGUUGAUAAACCUCAGCCUCCAAUACUUGACGAAAUGAAAAAGACACCAUUAAACCCUCAACAAACACAACAGGCUCAACAACAACAAGGUAAUCCUUUAUCUUGUUGUAAAUUCAUGUAA